AACAGAAAAGUUCUCAUUUAGCCCUUGAAGUUUAACAAAAUUAAAAGUUAAAAUCCUUGGAGUGGGUGUGAGAGGAAGCAAAACCACCUUCAGAUUAUAUCCCACCCACCAAAGAGAUGACAACAAUCAGGAGAUUUUGCUGCGAUGAUCUUUUACGUUUCUCUUCCGUUAAUCUGGAUCAUCUCACUGAAACUUUUAAUAUGUCAUUCUACAUGACAUACCUGGCGCGGUGGCCUGAUUAUUUUCAUGUUGCUGAAGCUCCCGGCAACCGAGUCAUGGGCUACAUUAUGGGUAAAGUUGAAGGUCAAGGUGAGUCGUGGCAUGGUCAUGUCACCGCUGUUACAGUCGCUCCUGAGUUCCGCAGGCAGCAGCUGGCAAAGAAACUUAUGAACCUACUUGAAGACAUCAGUGACAAGAUUGACAAGGCAUACUUUGUGGACCUCUUUGUGAGAGCAUCAAAUACACCAGCUAUAAAGAUGUAUGAAAAGCUCGAGUAUGUUAUCUAUAGACGUGUAUUACGUUACUAUUCAGGGGAGGAAGAUGGAUUAGAUAUGAGGAAAGCCUUAUCUCGAGAUGUAGAGAAAAAGUCUAUAAUCCCACUCAAGAGGCCAGUUACACCCGAUGAAUUGGAGUAUGACUAGCUCUGUCUGUACUUUGAUGAUAAGUCUAUGUUUGUGCAUUUAGGAUACACAUUAUUCAUCUUUGUAAACUAGGACAUAAGAAGAUUCAAUCUUCAAAUGUUUGUUGACUUUCUGCCAAGUGUUUUUAAGUAUUGUACCGAUUCUUAGUUGGACAUUAAAAGGACACAAAAUAGAGCUGUUUGUAUCGGGGAAAGUUAUGAUUGUAUGGAGGUUUUUGAA